AGCAGAGUCGACUGAUCGCUGAUGUCCAGAUGAAUGUACCAGAACAUGGUGGGCGGGACAGGAGGAACUAUGGACAGGACAGAAAGAGAUCGGGAUCUGAUUAUCGCAUGGACAACAAGCGCCGCAGAAGAGAUUCUGACUCAUAUGGAGACGAUAGAAGAGACCGUGGUUAUGGUGGUCGACAAGGGCGGGCGGCGGUCAAAGAUAUCAAGGAGGCCGUCAAGGAAUGCAGCAAGGAAACAGACAAGGCGGUGCCCGAGGGGGCUUUAGCCCAGGAAGGAGAGACAGGCGUGGUGGCGGUUACAGGCAGGGUGGUAAUGGGACCAGAGGACCAAUGGACCGCAGAAAUUCUCAAGGGGACCGGAGGAAGAAGGGAGAACAGCUGAGGAAGCCGAAAAUAGUGCCGAGAGUGAGCAAGGAGUUGUCUCGUCACUACUGCCAUAUCUGUGAAGUGGAAUGUUUCAAUGAGAGGAACUACCAAAAUCAUCUGUCCGGAACUCGUCACAAGGAAAAGGCAGAUGAGCUGGAGGAGAACCCUACUAGGAAGGCUGAGGUUGAGGCAAAAAUUGCAAAACAAGAAGAAGAGAGAGCUAAGCCUUUGCCAGAGAAAGAGGCGACUGACCACUGCGACAUUUGUGACCUUGACAUUCAUGUUAGUCUGGCAAGUCACCUGAAGUUCAAGCAGCAUAGACACCGAGAGACGCAGGUGAAGAGAGGCUGCUCCUGGUGUAAUGUGGGGGGCUUCUCCAACUUCUCUGAAGUACUGGCUCACAGACUCACUGAUCUGCACAAGGAGAUGCGUGAGCAGUUUGGAGGGAGACUUCGCCCAGAUGUUAUCCCCAAACCUGAAUAUAUUGAAGUGGAGCAAAUCCCUGAAUUUGUGGCGGAAACCCCAAUGGGGAAGGACUAUGUUGUACCUGUGACUGGCUUCUUCUGCAAGCUCUGUAACAAGUUCUACAAAAAGGAGGAAGCAGCCAAGCAGAAUCACUGUUCCUCAGAGGCUCACUACGAAAAGUGGAAGCAAGCCAAGAUCGAUGCCGUCACUGAGUAUCAGACCAAAAUUGCCGAACAAAAGGAGAGAGAGUUGGCUGCCAAGAAGAAAAUUGAGGAACUUGCAAAGAAGAAGGAAGAAGAAGCCCAAACAAAGGAACAAGAGAACGCUAACGGGGAGGAGAAAGAUGAGAAGAUGGAUACUGAUGGAGAGACGCCAGCGACAGAGGAGAACCAAGAGGAAACCGACCAGACCAAGUCUGAAGGCGAACAGAUGGAAACUGCCCAGGAAACUGAAACUAAUGAAGAAGAACAGCUGAAAGGAGAUGACGAUGUUCUUCCUUUGGAAGAAGCUGAUGAAGAGAAACUACUCUCAAAGGAUCCUCCUGCAGAUGAGGCUGAAGGAGAGGGGGAGGCUGAAGAGUGGGUCGGAGAAGCGGAAGCUGAGGUUGAGGAAGAGGCACAAACUCCUUCCAGACGUGGUAGGCGAGGUGCAAGAGGAAGAGGCCGUGGACGUGGCAAAAAGUAAA